AUGGCUUCGUAUAGGGGGACGCUAAUUGUGCUGGAGGGCGUGGGCCGUGCUGGCAACACCACGCAGGGCCACUGGCUGGUGACCGCGUUGUGCUCCUCGGGCCACCGAGCCAAAAUGCUGCGUUUCCCUGAAAGAUCAACAGAAACCAGCAAGCUCCUGAAUUCCUACUUAGAAAAGAAAACAGAACUGGAAGAUCACUCAGUGCACCUGUUUUUUUCUGCAAACCGCUGGGAACAAGUGCCAUUAAUUAAGGCGAAAUUGAACCAGGGUGUGAACCUUGUUUUGAAUAGAUACGCCUUUUCUGGAGUCGCCUUCACUAGCGUCAAGGAAAAUAUUUCCCUGAAUUGGUGCAAACAAUCAGACGUGGGCCUUCCCAAGCCCGACCUGAUCCUGUUCCUUCAGUUACAAUUGCUGGAUGCUGCAGCACGGGGAGAGUUUGGGCUUGAGCGCUAUGAGACCGGGACUUUGCAGGAGCAGGUUCCGCUGUGUUUCCAGCAGCUCAUGAAGGGUGAAAACCUGAACUGGAAGGUGGUUGAUGGUUCCAGAAGCAUUGAGGAUGUCCAUGAAGAAGUCCGUGUCCUCUCUAAGGAUGCCAUCCACAGCGAUGCACAGAGUCCGCUGGAGGAACUAUGGAAAUAA